UAUCCUCGGCUCCGUGAUCCCGUGACUAUCACUCCUGUGGUCAUUCGUCAAGUUGACCAAGCAGAUGGGUGGCGUGUGUUAUAGGAAUUGGCAGCAAUAUCCAAUGGGUGAGGAAGAAGCCGCCUGGGAAAGUGGGCAGCCCUGAUGGGAUGUGUUCAGCGAGCAGAGACAUUCCAUUCCGAGAAGGAUCUGCGUGACACGCCUGGGAGGCCACCGUCGUGAAAGCCAUCACCUGGUUGGCAGAAGGGGUGACGGCCACAUUCUCCUGUGCCUACCACGUAACCAAAAAUGAGGGAGAACUACUGUUUACAAGCUGCCCUGCUGUGCCUGGGCAUGCUGUGCCACAGCCAGGCCUUCGCCAUGGAGCGGCGGAGCCACCUACGGCCCUCCUUGCACGGGCACCACGAGAAGGGGAAGGAGGGCCAGGUCCUGCAGCGCUCCAAAAGAGGCUGGGUGUGGAACCAGUUCUUCGUGAUAGAAGAGUACACCGGGCCCGACCCUGUGCUCGUGGGCAGGCUUCAUUCCGACAUCGAUUCUGGCGAUGGGAACAUUAAGUACAUUCUCUCAGGUGAAGGAGCAGGGACCAUUUUUGUGAUUGAUGACAAAUCAGGAAACAUUCACGCCACCAAAACCCUGGACAGAGAGGAGAGAGCCCAGUACACGCUCAUGGCUCAGGCGGUCGACAGGGACACCAACCGACCCCUGGAGCCGCCGUCGGAAUUCAUCGUCAAAGUCCAGGACAUUAACGAUAACCCCCCAGAGUUCCUGCAUGAAACCUACCAUGCCAACGUCCCCGAGCGUUCCAACGUGGGCACGUCGGUCAUCCAGGUGACAGCUUCGGAUGCCGAUGACCCCACCUAUGGAAACAGUGCCAAGCUCGUGUACAGCAUCCUCGAAGGGCAGCCCUACUUCUCGGUGGAAGCCCAGACAGGCAUCAUCAGGACAGCCCUGCCCAACAUGGACCGGGAAGCCAAGGAGGAGUACCACGUGGUGAUCCAGGCCAAGGACAUGGGUGGACACAUGGGUGGACUCUCAGGGACAACCAAAGUGACGAUCACACUGACCGAUGUCAAUGACAACCCACCAAAGUUUCCGCAGAGCGUGUACCAGAUGUCUGUGUCAGAAGCAGCUGUCCCCGGGGAGGAAGUAGGACGAGUGAAGGCUAAAGACCCAGACAUUGGAGAAAAUGGCUUAGUCGCAUACAAUAUUGUUGAUGGAGACGGGAUGGAAUUGUUCGAAAUCACAACGGACUAUGAGACACAGGAGGGCGUGGUGAAGCUGAAAAAGCCUGUCGAUUUUGAAACCAAAAGAGCCUACAGCUUGAAGGUGGAGGCUGCCAAUGUGCACAUCGACCCCAAGUUCAUCAGUAAUGGCCCCUUCAAGGACACGGUGACAGUCAAGAUCGCAGUAGAAGAUGCCGAUGAGCCCCCCAUGUUCUUAGCCCCAAAUUACAUCCAUGAAGUCCAGGAAAACGCAGCCGCUGGCACCGUGGUGGGAAGAGUACAUGCCAAAGACCCCGAUGCUGCCAACAGCCCAAUAAGGUAUUCCAUCGAUCGUCACACCGACCUCGACAGGUUCUUCACUAUUAAUCCAGAGGAUGGUUUUAUUAAAACGACGAAGCCUCUGGAUCGAGAGGAAAUGGCCUGGCUGAACAUCUCCGUCUUUGCAGCCGAAAUCCACAACCGCCAUCAGGAAGCCAAAGUCCCUGUGGCUGUUAGGAUUCUGGAUGUCAACGAUAACGCCCCCAAGUUUGCAGCCCCUUAUGAAGGCUUCAUCUGUGAGAGUGAUCAGACCAAGCCUCUUUCCAACCAGCCAAUUGUUACAAUUAGUGCAGAUGACAAGGAUGACACAGCCAACGGACCAAGAUUUAUCUUCAGCCUGCCCCCGGAAAUCAUUCACAAUCCAAAUUUCACCGUCAGAGACAACAGAGUGAGCAGCACCAACACACUCACCAUCAAGGUCUGCGGCUGCGACGUGCACGGCGGGCUGCUCUCUUGCAACGCGGAGGCCUACAUCCUGAACGCCGGGCUCAGCACGGGCGCGCUGAUCGCCAUCCUGGCCUGCAUCGUCAUCCUCCUGGUCAUCGUUGUGCUGUUUGUGACCCUGAGGAGGCAAAAGAAAGAACCUCUGAUCGUCUUUGAGGAAGAAGAUGUGCGUGAGAACAUCAUUACCUACGACGAUGAAGGGGGCGGGGAGGAAGACACGGAGGCCUUUGACAUUGCCACCCUCCAGAACCCCGACGGCAUUAAUGGAUUUAUCCCUCGCAAAGACAUAAAGCCGGAGUACCAGUAUAUGCCCCGCCCGGGCCUGCGGCCAGCCCCCAACAGUGUGGACGUGGAUGAUUUCAUCAACUCGAGGAUACAGGAGGCUGAUAACGACCCCACGGCCCCGCCCUACGACUCCAUCCAAAUCUAUGGCUAUGAAGGAAGGGGCUCAGUGGCCGGGUCCCUAAGCUCCUUAGAGUCUGCCACCACAGAUUCAGACUUGAACUAUGACUAUCUACAGAACUGGGGGCCUCGUUUUAAGAAACUAGCAGACUUGUAUGGUUCCAAAGACACUUUUGAUGAUGAUUCUUAACAAUAACGAUACAAAUUUGGCCUUAUGAACUGUGGCGUUCUGAAGAAUCUAGAAGAUAUGUAAACAGGUAUUUUUUUACAUCAAGGGAAGGCUCAUUUAAAACAAGCAAUGUUUUACAGAGAGGAUACGUUUAAUACACCUGCAAGGACAUCGAACUGGUAAAUACUGUGAAGUAUCUUUUCUCUCUCUCUUUCUCACACACACACACACACAAAAAAGGCCAACAUGGAAAGUUGUUUAUCGACUCCAAUAGAGAAAAACCACUCACUCAACAGACAAAAUAUUUAAGGGAAGGAGCGGUCUGACGGUGAACUGACAAUGAAGGGAAAUCGUUUAUGUGUUAUGAACAUCUAAGUCUUUCUUCUUUAUUUUAUUAUUAUUUUUUAAUUUGUCAAAGAAGCUUCCACAAAACUAGAAAGGACAACAGUUUCUGAGCUGUAAUUUCGCCUUAAACUAUGGACACUCUAUAUGUAGUGCAUUUUUUUAAACUUGAAAUAUAUAAUAUUCAGCCAGCUUAAACCCAUAUGAUGUAUGUACAAUACAAUGUACAAUUAUGUCUCUUGAGCAUCAAUCUUGUUACUGCUGAUUCUUGUAAAUCUUUUUGCUUCGACUUUCAUCUUAAACUAAUACGUGCCAGAUAUAACUUGUCUUGUGUCCGCGAGAGGCGCCCUAUUUCUAUGUCAUUUUUAAUGUAUCUAUUUGUACAAUUUUAAAGGUCUUAUUUUAGUAUACAUACAAAUAUCAGUAUUCUGACAUGUAAGAAACGUUACAGCAUCACACUUAUAUUUUAUGAACAUUGUACUGUUGCUUUAAUAUGAGCUUCGAUAUAAGAAGCAACCUUUGAAAUAAAAACAAAAAGAUUCUUUUUUAA